AUGGCUAUACUUGAACAUUUUGUGGGCGUCAGUGUGGUAGACAUUGUGAAGUAUUUCGUAGUUGGGGUAAUCCUCUAUCAAGCUACUGUGACAAUCUACAGCCUGCUCUUCCACCCUUUGCGCCACUUUCCCGGUCCACUCCUCCAAGGCGCCACGUCCAUCCCAUACGUUCUCCGCAACGCCCGCGGCUACCAAGCCUUCCAUACGCAAAAGCUCCAUGAUGUCUACGGCCCCGUCGUCCGCAUCGCAACCAAUCACUUGUCCUUCACCGAUCCAAUAGCAUGGAAAGAUAUAUACGGCCACCGCCUCAGCUCCAGCGGCACUGACACGACGGAUGAACUGAAGAAAACCAGCGAAAUGAUGAAAUCGAAGCAAUUCUCGGUGUCCAUGGAAGAUUUGUCGACGUCUAUUAUCAACGCCCCUCGUGAGGAGCACUCGAGACUCCGGCGUGCUCUCUCUCAUGGGUUCUCGGAUGCUUCGAUUAGGGCGAAGGAGGCAAAGAUUACCAGGUUAGUUGAUGUGCUAAUUCAGAGGCUCAAAGAGGAAUGCAGCAAGAACGCUGCCAAAGAGGGCACAAAAGCGUUCAACAUGGAGUCCUGGUACAAUUGGGCCACGUUCGACAUCAUUGGCAGCUUGGUGUUUGGCGAGUCCUUCGGAUGUUUGCAGAGCGCCGAGUAUCACCCCUGGAUUGAGUUCAUUACUCGGGGGAUACGAUUUGGGGCAAUCUUAUCGGCAUUGAGCUAUUUGGGGCUGAGAUGGGUGGUGAGCAUCAUAUAUCGAGCGGGAGGGGCGAGGGCGUUUGCGAACACAAGGAGAAGUACGGAUGUGACGGUGAGGAACCGGUUGAAGUCCGGGGAACCAAGAGAAGACUUGUUCGAGGCAAUGGUUAAGAAGAGAGAAGAGUUCAAUAUGUCCUUUGAGAAGCUUUCGGGGAAUGCGGUGAUCCUCGUCCUGGCUGGGUCCGAGAUGACGGCGACUACCCUUUCGGAUGUCCUGCAAAAGCUCAACCACGAGGUGCGCUCCUUCUUCAGCAGUGUCGACGAGAUUACCAUUGCCUCGGUGAACCAGCUCACUUAUAUGUUGGCCGUGCUUAACGAAACACUGCGAGUCUACCCUCCUGUCACGUCCCACUUGGUGAGGAUUGUACCAGCCGGAGAAGAGCAGAUUGCGGGCCAUUUUAUCCCUGGUGGAACGUUGGUAGAAGUCCAGCAGUGGUCUACAAACCACAGCAAAGAUAACUGGCUGGGAAACAAGUUGGAGGCGCUACAGGCAUUUAGUGUUGGGCCAUGGAACUGCAUUGGGCGCAAUCUGUCUUAUGCCGAAAUGCGCUUGAUCCUCGCACGCAUCAUCUAUCAUUUCGACAUGACGCUAGCUGAGGAUAGUGAGAGGUGGAUCGAGAGGCAAAAGUCGUAUGCCCUGUGGGACAGGAUACCACUGAAUGUGCAUUUGACCCCUAUCAAGUAG